AUGACUUCAGUUUGGUCUGCUUUUCUAGCAGGCAUUACCAAGGUGCAUACCGAGCCCACCACAAGCGACAUACGCACGAUAUUCCAGCAAAUCGGCCUAUGCUUCCUAUACCUCUAUGUUCUUACAGGCGCGGGAAUGGUCUGGAAUGAUUGGGUUGAUAGAGACAUCGACCGCCAAGUAGCGCGAACCAAAAACCACCCUCUCGCGUCUGGCAAGAUCAAGACAUCCGAGGCGCUAUCAUGGAUGGUUUUCCAAUACGUGGUCGCGUGGUACAUUCUCGACUUUAUGCUCUCAGGUGAAGAUAUAUCUUAUUCUUUGCUCCCAACAACCGCCGGGAUUAUCCUAUACCCCUUCUGCAAGCGACCCACCGCCCAAAAACUUGGAGUCUAUCCCCAAUUCGUUCUUGCUGGUGCAGCCGCCUGGACCAUUAUCACCGGGGGAGCAGCAGUUGCCCCUGAAUAUUUGGCCUACCAGUACCCGCUGUGUAUGCUCGUGGUAACAUGGAUUGUGUAUAUCAAUACCGCGUACAGCUAUCAGGACAUGGUAGACGAUGCGAAGAUGAAAGUCAAUUCUCUCUAUGUUCUUGCGGGCGGAUAUCUUAAGUUGGUUGUCACGGUUUUCGCGGUUGGCGUUCCGAUCUCCAUUGCCUGGGUAUUAACACGCGUUGAUGCGUCGCCGUGGCUUUGGAUCUCUUGGAUGGGUGUUUGGUCUGUGUCUUACGUGGAGCAAUUGGCUGGAUUCUCGGCGACGGAUCCCCGCAGCGGAGGUCCUGUUCAUGCGAAGAAUUUUGCUUUAGCGGCUUGGACUUUUGUGGCUUGCAGUGUUGAGCUCCUGCUCGGUGUCUACCCGAAGCUUCAC